CAGCGAUGGAUUACGACGGAGAAACCCCGGCGGCGACGACGAGGAAAAGAGAGGAAAUAGAGAGAGAAUCAGAGGAGAAUCGGAAAGAAGCAUUGUUAGCGUCAACGCAGUCUCUUCAACCUAAUUUCAAUCGAUCCAACGUCACCCAGAAACAGAUAUCCAAAUUACAGGAGCUACACAAGAGACGUAUGAAGAUAAAAGCCAAUUCAAAGAUGCAAAAGAAACCUAAAGCUAAGCAGCAGAGUAGUAGAGCUUUCGAAGAAGAUGGAGAAAGCUCUAAAGUGUUGAAAGAGACAACUACCUUAGAAGAGAAGCAUCAACACAAGAAGACAGUUGUCACAGCAGCACCAAUGAAGCCACAGAAGCUGUAUUGGGGGCUAGAUACUAAGGAAAGGUGGGAAAGAAAAGCCAACAUGUAGUAUUGUGUAGUGUUUGAAUUCAUUUCUCGUUAUUAGUUGAUUACUUUGUCUAAUGUACAACUUAUUACAAAAGCAAGAAGAGAGACUAACAAGAUCAAUGGUGACGCAAUGUUAUUCACGUU